GGAAGGUCUCCCAUGUGUGAUCUUCUUGGCUGGAACAUAAGGAAGGCAUCCUCCCGCACACCGAAUGAAACCAGCCUGGUGCUGGAAGGGAGAAAAGCUGGGCUCUACGAAACUUCAACCACAGUUCGUACGUGCAAAGGUUGUAGCCUAAGUUUGUGUUUGUUUUUUCCUGUUCAUCUGAAAUUUCCCUCAGGUGGACAUUUGAUCCUUUCCACCCAGGUCCCAAACUACUAAGUGGUGUGUGUGUGCGCGUGCGUGCAUGCAUGGGCGCACGCGGGCGGGGGUGGUUGUAUCCAGUUUUAGGCUGUUUCUCUGAGUGGCUAAAGCAUUGAGGCCAAACUAAGUUAUGCGGAAGACGCCCUGUAGUAGUGAACUCUUCCCCCCACAUUGUUUCCUAAGAUAAAAUUUCCCCGCUCCCUGGCUCUUAGCCACAAGUGUAGGGAAGAAGAUAGAGGCCCACAACUUGACGUUUGCCUGUGGAUUCUUACUGUGGUGUUUAACGCAAACUGUUCUUUCCUUUGCCUCCAUUCAUUACCUGCACGAUGGGCACGAGAAUGACUCGACUCGAAGGAUCAUUCGGAGAAUUAACAGCGUUGGGAAGAAUUAUAAUGUGAUGUGAAAAUAACGUUGGAGAAACCUUAUCAAGAACAGCUGCGGCAGCGCUGUGGAUCCUCUCCAUGGACUCUUGGUGGUCUGUUGAACAACGUUCUUCAACUUUGACAGGUUUUCCUUAGGGGAUGCUCGCAGGCCUCUCCAUGAAUCAGCAGUACUGGUAGAAGACAUUGUCCACACUCAGCUGAUUAAUUUGUUGCAGCAAGCCUCAGAGGUUUCUCAGAUGAGAGGCGCGAGAGUAAUUUCUGCAGAAGAUCUUCUUUUUUUGAUGCGCAAAGAUAAGAAAAAGCUCCGAAGGUUACUUAAAUAUAUGUUUUUCCGAGACUACAAAUCUAAAAUUGUCAAAGGCAUUGAAGAAGAUGAGCUUCUGGAAGACAAACUUGGCAGCAGCAGCAGCAGCAGCAGUAGCAGUAGCAGUAGCAGCAACAAACGUCAGAAAAUUGCACAAGACUUUCUUAUCUCUAUCGAUCAGACUGGAGAACUCUUGUCCUUGUUUGAAGAUGAUGAAGUUGAUGAUGUAAAACAAGAGAGAAUGGAGAGAGCAGAAAGACAAACUCGGACGAUGGACUCGGCACAAUACUCCGAAUUUUCUGAAAGUCGUCAAUUAAGCUUUUCUAAGAAAGCUUCCAAGUUCCGAGACUGGUUGGACUGUAGUAGCAUGGAGAUAAAACCGAAUGCAAUCGCCAUGGAGAUCUUGGCUUAUUUAGCCUAUGAGACUGUCGCACAGUUGGUGGAUCUGGCCCUUUUGGUCAAGCAGGACGUGGCUCCCAAAGCGGGGGAUCCUUUCAGUCAUGCCGUAUCUGCUACUUUCAUUCAGUAUCACAACCCUACUGAGACUCAUGCUUUAGGGCAGACUGCAGGUAUGAAAAGCAGCCCGGAUUCUCCUGAGAACACGCCUCCGGCUACGCCCACUCCCCCCACCUCAGGCCCCCCACACCUUGGGAAGACUCCGUCUGGAACCAUGGGAAAUGGCAGCGUCUCACAAGACUCCUCCAGAGCCAAACAGAGGAAGAGGAAAAGGAGCGCUGCCGCUUGUGGUGCCGAGGCUCAGAGCGAUGCCAUCCUGCCAGCCCACAUCAGAGAGGCCAUUCGGCGCUACGGCCACAAGAUUGGCCCCCUUUCCCCAUACACAAGUGCCUACCGCAGAAAUGGGAUGACGUUUCUUGCUUGCUGACAUGGAUGUGGCCAGAGCAACCGGAAAGGCAGAGUUAUAUUAAGGAUUCUCUUUGUUCUUCAUCAAAGCUGUAGCAAUGCCAAUCACAAGUUCUACAGGGAACCAGGAAAGAGUUCUGGCUGCACCUCUGGAUUGGAAACUCUUUGAAUGUUUCCCUUAAACCUCCCUCCACCACAGCCAAAAACCAUGGACAAAUGUCCCCGCAGUAGAAUCAAUGACCUGGGCCGCAAACUUCAGCUAGAGGCUGUCUCAGUCCACUGAAAGACAUUGUUCUGCAGUGUAAUCUCAAACGUCCUUACUGGACAACUUUCAGAACUGAAAUUGUGGCUCUCUUUCUUGUGAAACGUGGCAGACGGUCUAUACAAUGACAAUCUACUGUCUGUAGCAGCAUUCUUUUACUGUAAAGAAAUCUGCUUUGGAAUGCCAUUCUUCUGGAGCUAAUAUGCAUGUUAACAAAAUAAAAAUAUUGUGUACAAUAUAGCAUAUUAAAAAGAGAGAGAAACUUUUCGGGUCUGUCUAUGCUUGUUGAAAUGUAUGAUUAAACUUUUCUUUUUAUCAUCAUUUCUUAUUUUUCUUGGCAUCCGUAAUGAUGGAAAAUUAUACGCUUGCUGUAAACAUCCAGGAUUUUAAAAAGGAUACCAGCAUUUAUUGUAUUUGGUUUCGAUCUACAGGCGCAUAAGGCAGAGGAACUGGAAUAAAAAUUCCUUCUCUAGCUGUCUCUCCCAAAUUUUACAUUAAAAAAAUU